AUGACCUCUUCCCUGGUGAACGGUGUGGUGGCGGCCGACUCAGACUCGACAAGCAACAGCGUAGGGAAACCCUCCGAAUCGCCUCCAGCCUCGGACGAGCAUUACUUUUUUGACGAUGGCGACUGCGUGCUUCAGGUUGAGGGGGUCCAAUUCAAACUGCACAAGGCCUUCCUCACAAGAGAUCCGGAAUCGAUGUUCUGCGCCAUGUUCAAGGACGCGACAGGCGAAAACGACGAUAUCAUCCCCUUGCAUGGCGACACUGCUGCCGACUUCCGGGCCCUCUGCUCUCUGCUGUACAUCAGACCAGGCGAUGCGUAUUCGCGCCACAAAUCGCCCUUCACGGCUGAUGACGUCAAAGUCUACCUCGCGGUCUUGGAUCUGUCGAAUAAAUACGGAUUGGCGCACUUCGAGAAGUGGGCACAGCAGCUUCUUGAAGACGCGUGGCCGGUCGUGCAGGAGUACCUGGUAACCUGCCCUGAAGACACAAUGGAGAAGACCAUGGGGAUCGCCAUCCGAUGUGCCCACAAGACCCUGCUUGCGGAGGUCGACUCUAAAUGGCUUGCGAGCAUAACCGAGGGCGUAGUUACUGCCGAAUCCGCAUUGGCUGCAGGAGAAAGUUACGGCAGACGGUCAUUCCAGGGCGACGUUUACGCUGCCCUUCGUAGCAGGGUCCGGUCUACGAGCCUGUUUCUAUCGCCCCAAGUUGGCCUAAAGGCGCUCGGACUCACUGAGGACCAGCUUCAUCGAUUCCUCACCGGUUUCACAAUCCUCACCCAUGUCCUCAUCGUGCUGACGACUGCGGGCCAAACUCUCGAUACGUCUCCGACAUGCGAUACAACACCGCCCAACCAACCACCAACCGUUCCUCCCUGCGACUGCCAGUCCCACUGGGACGAGUUGUGUCAGCAGAACUACCACGAUAGCUUCGAAUUGGGCGUGCCGGAUAUUCGUCUUACAUUACAGCGGACAAAGGAUCGGGUCGACGCAUUUCCUUGCAUCAAAGAGCACUUGAGCAGUGACGAUGUCGCGUUUUGUGAGGAUUUGGACGAGUAUUUUUUGGGUCCAAAGCCCGCCAACAACGAGCCGGAGGAGGUACCCGUACUACGUAGAUGA